AUGUCCUCGCUAACGACCUCCAUUCCUCCUGGCUCGUGGGUCUUGGUGACCGGUGCCAGCGGCUUCCUCGCAUCGCACAUUUCUCUUCAGCUUUUGAAGAGGGGUUUCAAAGUUCGAGGCACAGUUCGGGAUCCGGCUCAAUCUACGUGGCUUUUGGAAGGGUGCUUCAAGCCGUAUGCCGACACCGAUGCCAUCGAACUUGUCUCUGUCCCUGAUAUGGGCGUCGACGGCGCCUACGACAAAGCCAUCAAAGGGGUCUCGGCUAUCAUUCACACGGCGUACGUCACCAACAUUGUCCCGGACCCAAACGCCGUCAUCACCCCCAUGAUAACCGGAAUCCGGUCUAUCAUGAAUGCCGCCAUCCGAGAACCUUCGGUCAAGGUGGCCGUGUUUACCAGCAGUGCCGUUUCUGCCUCUCCACUUACAGACGGUGUCGACAACGGCAUCGUCGGGCGAGAUUCCUGGAAUAAUGCCGUUCUCGAAGCUGCAUGGGCGCCACCUCCGUAUGGCCUGUCCCAUGCCGUGGCCAACUACCCGGCCAGUAAACUGGCCGCCGAGAAGGAGGUCUGGAAGUUUGCCGAAAGCAAUGACCUCCACUUCAUCGUCAAUGUUGUCGCUCCUGCGGGUCUGAUCGGAGAGCCUCUGAACAAGAAACACAUUGAAGGGCAGGCGAGUUGGGUGACCCACGCUUACAAGGGUAACAAGCCGGUAAUGGACCUUUUCCAAGCCUGUAAGAAUUAUUCCACCUCGCAAUGA